GUACCAAAAAAUCAGUGGGGGAAUUCACGUUCACACCUCUGCUCAGCCUAAUAUUACGGGACGGAGCAAUCAGACAUAGAGAGAGCGGGGGAGCGAAUCACACCAUUACAGAAAACAAAAGGAACCAACCAAACCAUCCGACUCUCUCUCUUUCCCAUUAUUUUCUUUCAAUAUUUUCCGGGAAAAUCUUUUGUAUCUCACUUUUUCUUUUUCUUCUUUUUUUUAGUAAAAUUUUGAUAAAUUUUGUGUUCGCCUCCCGGCCUUAUGUCGUCGGGUGGUUCGAAUAACCCCACCGGCGGGAGUCCCCUAGCGGCGGCGGGUCCUACCACCACAAGGCGACGAGUGGCGGAUUCCCAGGACGUCUCCGAGAGACCUUCAAAUUCCUCCGACUACCACAGUGUUAACACCGCCACCAACACCGUCGGUAAUAUUAACGGUAGCACCACGGCCAGUAACAGAAACAGCAACGUCAGCCUUUCCUUUGACUUGGACGAAGAGGACAACCCCAACGGCUCUUACUAUUCUGCCCUAGGUGGUUCCCAACUCCACCAUUACCAACACCAUCCUGUAAUCAGGUAUCUGCAGUUUCGCCGGAAGACCUUGCUUUGCGUGCCUGAGGCUUGGCUUUUCAAGAUCGAAGACUGCUGUCAUUGGACGGCUGCCAUGGCGCAGAGGUUGGGAUCGGGGAGGAACGCUGGCCGGAGGAUCCUUGCGUUACUCAUGGUCCUUUUGGUUUUCUCUGUGUUUUUGAGGGUUUCGCUACUCACUAGCGGCGUCGAGGUCGAGAGGAAGAGGAAAGAGGUUAUCAAUAUGUUCAUAUUGCAGGUUCAGCAGGAUGGCUCAUCCGUUCAACACGCUCUCGCCGAGAAUCAUGCCUCCUCUAUGCCCAAACGUGUUUUGGAGAGAUUGUCUACUCCAGAAAUAUGGAUGAAACCCAACAGCGACAGUUAUCAUCAAUGUAUAGCUCGACCCAGAAAGCCACAAAGAAUGCGUUCCAAAACUAAUGGGUAUCUUGUUGUUCAUGCAAACGGGGGAUUGAAUCAAAUGAGAACUGGGAUAUGUGAUAUGGUUGCUGUUGCCAAGAUAAUGAAUGCUACCCUGGUUCUUCCGUUGCUCGAUCAUGAGUCAUUUUGGACAGAUCCGAGCAACUUCAAAGACAUUUUUGACUGGAGACACUUUAUGGAAGCAUUAAAAGACGACAUUGAUAUUAUAGAAUAUUUACCUACCAAAUAUGCUGCGCUGAAACCUCUGGUGAAGGCCCCUGUUUCAUGGUCAAAGGCUAGUUACUACAGAAGUGAGAUGCUCCCAUUGUUAAAGCGGCAUAAGGUGAUAAAGUUUACACACACUGAUUCACGUCUAGCUAACAAUGGUCUGGCAUCAUCCAUCCAAAGGCUGCGAUGCCGUGCCAACUUCCAGGCUCUUCGGUACACUAAGGAGAUUGAAGACCUUGGAAGGGUUUUGGUUGACAGACUAAGGAAAAAUAGCGAGCCAUAUAUUGCGCUGCACCUAAGGUACGAGAAAGAUAUGCUUGCAUUUACUGGCUGCAGCCACAACCUUACUGCAGAAGAGGCUGAAGAUCUUAGAAUCAUGAGGUAUAAUGUUAAACAUUGGAAGGAGAAAGAGAUAGACAGCAAAGAACGGCGACUUCAAGGGGGAUGCCCAAUGUCCCCUAGAGAGGCAGCCUUGUUCCUUAAGGCUUUGGGUUACCCCUCGACUACAACUAUCUACAUAGUGGCAGGGGAGAUAUAUGGCAGCAAUAGCAUGGCUGCCUUUCGUUCAGAGUUUCCGAAUGUCUUCUCACAUUCCACUCUUGCAACUGAGGAAGAAUUAGAGCCCUUCAAGCCAUAUCAAAAUCGUCUUGCUGCCUUGGAUUACAUUGUGGCAGUAGAAAGUGAUGUAUUUGUUUAUACAUAUGAUGGAAACAUGGCCAAGGCAGUACAGGGGCACAGGAGGUUUGAAGGAUUUCGCAAGACCAUAAAUCCUGACAGACAAAAUUUUGUUACACUGAUUGAUCAAUUGGACGAGGGUGUGAUGUCUUGGGAAGGAUUCUCUUCAGCAGUUACGAGUCUACAUUCAGACAGGCUAGGAUCACCAUAUCUUAGACAGCCAGGCGAGUCACCCAGGCUGGAGGAGAACUUCUAUGCAAAUCCUUUUCCUGGUUGUAUUUGCAACAGGUCUCAAGAGCAAACAAAGCUUCCCAGACCCACUCUGCUGGUUGGAACACAGAGAUAGGCUAACGGUUGGUGAGAAUAUAUGGUCUGGAAAAAUCAGUGCCCAUUAAAAAAGUUCUCAAAGUGAGUUUUUCACCUCUUCUGCUUUUUGCUCAGCCUGGUGAUACUGUUACAGCAGCCAACAGUUCCAAGACAUUUCAAGUUUUUCUCUGUUGAUAUAAAAAUAUACACGUUUCAGUUUUGGUGUACCAUAGAGAAGGACGGACCAAUUCAACAAUUAGGGAAGUAGUGAAGUUGAUGUACAAUUCAGAGGCGUUAGUUAUACUCAGGGCAGAGAAGUAGUUCAUUUGUCCACUUCGAAGUUUAGUAUUCAUCUAUUCUUUAUUCUUUAUUUGACUUAUGUCAUUGUCAAGUAAAAUUCCCAAUUAGACACCAUUAACAAAUUGGAUGUACUUAUUUUAGUUAAUAGAAGAUAUUGCUACCA